GUUCCGGGCCGCGGAGGGGCCGGGCCGCCGCGUCCCCGGCACCGCCGCCCGCGUCCUCGCCUCGCUGGUGCGGAGCCGAGCGCCGGCGACCGGCGGCAUGGAGCGACGCCGGAUGAACCUGCCCUCGGGGCCGGACACGCUGUGCUUCGACAAGGACGAGUUCAUGAAGGAAGACUUCGACGUCGAUCACUUUGUGUCUGACUGUAGGAAGAGGGUACAGUUGGAAGAGCUGAGAGAUGACCUGGAGCUGUAUUACAAGCUGCUUAAAACAGCCAUGGUGGAACUGAUCAACAAGGACUAUGCAGACUUUGUAAAUCUCUCCACAAACUUGGUUGGCAUGGACAAGGCCCUCAACCAGCUUUCUGUGCCUUUGGGACAAUUACGAGAAGAGGUUCUGAGUCUCAGAUCAUCUGUCAGUGAAGGAAUUCGGGCAGUAGAUGAACGAAUGUCUAAACAAGAAGACAUUAGGAAAAAAAAGAUAUGUAUGUUGAGGCUUAUACAAGUUAUUCGAUCAGUUGAGAAAAUUGAAAAAAUCUUAAAUUCUCAAGAUUCUAAAGAAACAUCUACGCUAGAAGCAAGCAGCCCACUCUUGACAGGUCAGAUUUUGGAGAGGAUCGCCACAGAGUUUAACCAGCUGCAGUUUCACGCCGUGCAAAGCAAGGGUAUGCCGCUUUUGGACAAAGUGAGACCGCGCAUAGCUGGCAUCACAGCAGUGCUGCAGCAGUCCCUAGAGGGCCUCUUGCUGGAAGGCCUGCAGACCUCCAGCGUGGACAUCAUACGGCACUGCCUGCGGACCUAUGCCACCAUUGAUAAGACGCGCGAUGCGGAGGCCUUGGUGGGUCAGGUCCUGGUGAAGCCAUACGUCGAUAAGGUGAUCAGUGGACAUACUGCUGAGUCCCAGCCCAGUGGCCUCCAGCUCAUGUAUGAUAAACUCUUGGAGUUUGUCCCUCACCAUUGCCGUCUCCUCCGGGAAGUCACAGGUGGAGCUGUCUCCAGUGAGAAAGGCACCGUUGUUCCUGGAUAUGACUUCUUGGUGAAUUCUGUAUGGCCAGAAGUGGUUCGAGGACUAGAGGAAAAGCUGCCUUCCCUCUUCAAUCCUGGGGAUCCUGAUGUAUUUCACGAGAAAUAUACCAUAAGCAUGGGUUUUGUCAGAGGAUUUGAGCAACAGUGUGGGUCCCAGGCCAGCGUGAAGAGGCUCCGAGCACAUCCCGCCUAUUGCAGCUUCAGUAACAAGUGGAACUUGCCCGUUUAUUUUCAGAUACGGUUCAGAGAAGUGGCAGGAUCCUUAGAGGCAGCAUUUGCGGAUGGGCUGGCAGAUGCUCCAGCUGGGAGUCCGUAUUGCCUUUUGGCCUCCCACAGAACAUGGAGCAGCCUGAGGAAGUGCUGGUCGGACAAGAUGUUUCUGCCCUUGCUGGCACAUCGCCUGUGGAGGCUCACCUUGCAGAUCUUGGCACGAUUCUCUGUGUUCAUCAAGGAGCUUUCUCUCAGGCCCAUCUCUAAUGAAAUUGCCAAGGAAGUCAAAAAGCCUUCAGUAAUUGGCAGCAAAGAUCCUUCCACUGCCCAAGGAACUGGCGAGGACCAGGGAGGUGGUCCUUCAGAAGCGAGGCCCCUGGGGUCCAUCUCCAGCAUGCAGCUGGUGUAUGUGGCUGCAGACCUUCACAGGCUUCAGGAGCAGCUUCCAGAACUCUUGGAAAUAAUCAAGCCAAAACUUGAAAUGAUUGGAUUUGAUAAUUUUUCUUCUAUCUCAGCGGCCCUGGAGGACUCCCAGAGUGCCUUGUCGGCCUGCAUGCCCGCCGUGAGCAGCAAGAUCGUGCAGGACUUGAGUGAGUCGUGCUUCAGCUGCCUGAAAAGUGCCCAGGAGGUCCCUCGGCUUUACCGGAGGACCAAUAAGGAGGUUCCGGCUGCAGCCUCCUCUUACGUGGACAGCGCACUAAGACCUCUCCACCAGCUUCAGAGCGCACACAAGGAUCGGCUCCGUCCCGCAGUGAUGGAGCAGUGGUUGCGGCAGGCUCUCUGCGAGAGCACUCACAAGUAUUUUGAGACCGUGUCAGAUGUACUGAACUCUGUGAAGAAGAUGGAGGAGAGCCUGAAGAGGCUGAAGCAAGCGCGAAGAUCUGCAGCCACCAACCCUGCAGGCCCCAGUGGUGGCAUGAGCGAUGACGACAAGAUCCGGCUACAGCUGGCUUUGGACGUGGAGUACCUAGGACAGCAGAUACAGAAGAUGGGCCUGCAAACAGGCGACAUCGACAGCUUCCCAGAGCUCGCGGAGCUCGUCCUAGCUGCCAAGGACCCGGCAGCUGCAGACCAGCCUUAGCACCCCAGAGCGUCCGGGAAGAGAGCGGCUCCGUCCUCCGCACCGUCCAGCUGGGGCCCGCGGCCUUCCCUGAGCACGUGGAUCUUCUUUCACCUAGAAAGAACCAGAAGCCUUUUUCCAUUGUGUGGAAGGUAGUUUUUAAGACAUUUGAAACUUUUUACCAUAGUUUACAAAUUAUUUUAUUUUUAUUGUAAAUCUUAGCGUGGAAGAGCUGAUUUCUAUUGUAGGAUUAAAUAAAUGCAAUCCAAGUGCAAGAAAGAGCUGAUGGCUAAGAGGUGCCCACGGGAUGUGGGAACACAGCCACGGUGUGAAGAGCAGUGUCACCCCUGUGUCCAGCAGGUGCGCAGUGCCCGUCCCACGGCCCCGUCUCACUGUCAGGGCAGCACUUCAGAUCCCAUGUGUCACUGGGAGUCGGGGCCCAGCAGGGCAGUUGCAUUUCCUAAGUAAAAGAGAUGAAUGCCACA